GGAAACCUAAAAAUCCUAAUCUCAGACAAGAGACAUUCGAAAGGAAUCUGAUUUUUCACUAUCAUCUUCUUCUCUCUAUCCUCUCCUUAUCUCUCUCAACUAUUAUCGAGAAAUUUACAAUGUAUAUCCAGUCACUGUAACGGCGCCGUUUCUAAUGUAUACUGUGGGCGGAACUCGCUGUAUCUGUCUCUCUUUGGGGUUUUGAUUUCGAUAACUUACAUUCAUGCCUUGAUUUGGUCCCAUUUAGGUCUUCUUUUCUAAGACUGGCAAAAACAGAAGUGUGACACAUGAACCAAAUGUACCAACAUCAAACUCAUAUCACAAUUAACGUACCUGUGUUAGAUACAUGUUGCACAUCUAGAAGAAGCUGAGUUCUAAGGGUAAUAAUAUGAAUGGUUCUUGGUUUUUUGAUGAAAAUUUUAAUGGCGUCCCAGAUGAUUUUUUUGAUGAUGCCAUUAAAUUUUUAGAUUUUCCUUUGGAGGAUGUGGAACCGAAUGUAGUGGAAGAUUGGGAGGCCAAAUUUCAACAGCUGGUGCCACCACCAUCAAAUGUUUUGGCAGGUUUAACGGCUGGCCUUUAUGGUGAAAAUAGUAGUGACAUUCUUAAAGUAAAGAAAAGCUCCUCAGUUUUGUGUGAUGAAUCUUCUCAGCCAAAACAGUGGCCGACUGCCACCGAAGCAUCCUCUAGCAGAAGCAUUCCCCUUAAUUAUAACUCUUCAGAGGUUAAAUAUUCACACCUGUUCUGGACCUCCAGUCCAGUUUCUGUCCUUGAAAGCAGCAGCAGCUCUUCCUCAGCUGAAAAUGCAAUGGUCUAUCACCCCAAAUUUAUCAUCCCAGUGAAGCGCCCUCGAAGCAAGCGCCCACGGCCCCAGCGACGCACAUUUUCAUUCAUGUCCACUUCCUAUUCUCCAAAACAAUAUCAUCCUAUGAGUUCUUCUGAAUCAGAAUCAGAAUCAGAGACCUACCCUGAUGAGAAAAUGUUGAACCUUGCCAAGAAAAAACAGAAGAAAAAAAAUCUGAGGCUGCUGUCCUGUACUGUAGAGAUGGUGAAACCGUGCUCACAAGAGCCAGUUGAAAUCAGAAAAUGCUCACACUGUGAGGUGACCAAGACUCCACAAUGGAGAGAGGGGCCAAUGGGACCAAAAACCCUUUGCAACGCUUGUGGGGUUCGUUACAGGUCUGGCCGUCUCUUUCCAGAGUACCGUCCUGCCGCUAGUCCAACCUUUGUUCCAUCAUUGCACUCCAACUCCCACAGGAAGGUCAUAGAGAUGAGAAAAAAGGUUAGCACUACAGCAGCAACCGACACAUCGCUACCAGUAGCACCAGAACAUUCGUUUUGAUAGCCCUAUUUGUUUGAUUAUUAUUUAGGAUGAGUAGCAUUGUAGCUGGGAGCUAUCUGGUUCUCUAUUCUCCGUUUUCUAUUCUGUCUGUUGGUUUGUUCUUUUUGUACAUUGAACAAUAAGAAUUAGGAAACCUUAGAUGAUUAGAUGUUUGGCAGCAGUGAAAAGUUAAAAAGGCUUAGAGUAGGGGAAUAUUUGAGUGAGGCAGAGAAAUGUAAGCAGAUGUUUAGAAGUAGGCUGAUUGAUGCUUUGUGUCCCUUUAGUUAUGCUAAACAUUUGUUUCUCUGCUUGUUUACCAAGGUGGCUGAAACCGCAGUGUCAGGUCUCAAAAUGUAGACUCUCUCCCUGUACUUGUCUAUUUGUUUUAGUUUAGUUCCCUUCUAGCUAAGCGUUUUGGUACAGUUCCAAACCCUUGGAUUUUUUUAUUUUAACUCAGUGACCUCGUAGUUCUGCAUAAAUUUAAACUUCAGAGAAUAUGCAUUUGCACUA